CGGCGGGCUGUAGGCGGCGCCAUGGAGCGGCCCGGGAGCGGCGGCGCCGAGGGGGCCUGGGCCGCGCUGCUGGGCCGGCAGCACCAGCAGGCCCGGGAGUACUGCCCGGGGGUGAACAACCAGCCCUACGUGUGCGAGACCGGGCACUGCUGCGGAGAGACCGGCUGCUGCACGUACUACUACGAGCUGUGGUGGUUCUGGCUGCUCUGGACCAUCCUCAUCCUCUUCAGCUGCUGCUGUGCCUACCGGCACCGCCGGGCCAAGCUGCGCCUGCAGCAGCAGCAGCGGCAGCGGGAGAUCAACCUCAUCGCCUACCACGGUGCCUGCAACUACCCCGCCUCCAUGAUGGAUCUCAGGAUGCUGGCUUCCUUCAAGCUGCCUGCCUACGAGGAGGUGGCCCACCGGCCCAGCACGCCGCCGCCGCCCUACAGCGCCAUCCUGGCCCAGCUGAGCGGGCCGCGCAGCCGCCUGGGCUCCAGCAGCCUCACGCUCUCGCCCAGCUCGGAGAACUACACCAGCUGCUCCUGCGAGUCGAGCUGCGUGACGUCCCCCAGCAGCACCUCGCUGUCGGUGCAGGUGACGGACGAGACGGAGCGCAGCCGGGCCAGCACGCCCAGCGAGGAGGGCGGCACCAGCAGCACCGGCACCGGCGCCAGCUGGGAGCUGCCCGAGGAGCUGCCCGCCCGCCCGGCCCCGCACAAGCACGCCCUCUUCUCCUCCAACGUGGACUUCUUCGAGGCCGACUGCCACCGCUGCUCGGACAUCGAGGAAGGCGAGGAGGAGGAGGGUGGCGCGGCCCCGGAGGAGGGCGGCGAGCACUACCGGCACCGGCGCCUGACGGGCGACUCGGGCAUCGAGGUGGGGCGCUGCCAGGAAGAGGAGGGCGGCGAGGAGAGCGAGGGCGAGGGCGUGCGCCUGCUGGGCAAGGCCGGCCCCGUGCCGCCCCCGGCCCGGUGCAGCAUCCCGGCUGAGGGGGGUGGCGGGGAGCCGGGCGCUCCCGCCCUGCCUGUCUGAGGGGCCCGGCCCGGCCCUGCCGUUGCCCCUGCCGCCACCAUCACCUUGCCCGCGGGGCCGGCCCGGUGCCGCCCGCGCCUCUCCCCGCCGCCACGGCUCACGCCGCCGCUCCCCGCCUUGGAGCAG